CACGCACGCGGACGCGGUUCCAUCGCAGCGGCCUGGCUGGCCUGAACUGAAAGGGCCGUGCGGGAAGCCAACCACCGCGAAAGCGCCGGAGAGUCGGACGGACGACGCAAUCCAGGCGAGGCGAGCGAAUCGGGGGCAGAAAACAGAAGGGGCCGGAGACCGCCGGACCCAGGUCCCUCGUCGCCUCCGCGGGUCCGGUUCGCCGUCUCGUCGCCCGCCCGCCCGCCCGCCUCGCGCAUGGAGGCGCUGUGGAAGCAGGCCUCCAGGCUCAAGGAGCAGGUCGCCCGCCAGGGUGUGUUCAAGCAGUUUGGCUAUGGAAAUUCAGACAACUCGUUUGCAGAUGAGUCAGAGGUUAAACUGCAUCAGAGAUUGGAAAAGCUUUACUUAUCGACUCGUGCGGCUAAACAUUUUCAAAGGGACAUCGUUCGGGGCGUGGAGGGCUAUAUAGUCACAGGAUCCAAACAAGUUGAAAUAGGGAAUAAAUUGUCUGAUGACAGCCAGAAAUAUGGUGUUGAAAACACAUGUACAAGUGGCGAUACGUUAUCCAAAGCUGCUACAUACUUCGGAAAGGCGCGUUCACUGAUUGAAAAGGAGCGUGGCAGCAUGUUGAAAGCAUUUGGCACACAGGUGGCAGAGCCGCUGCGAGCAAUGGUAAUGGGUGCACCCUUAGAGGAUGCUAGACAUCUGGCCCAGAGAUAUGACAGAAUGAGGCAAGAAGCCGAAGCACAGGUUGUUGAAGUAUCAAGACGGCAGAACAGAGUGAGGGAAUCACCUGGGAAUGGUGAUAUGAUAUCAAAGUUGGAAGCUGCUGAGUACAAGCUUGAAGAACUGAAAUCAAGCAUGGUGGGAUUAGGGAAGGAAGCUAUUGCAGCAAUGUCAGCUGUUGAGGCUCAGCAGCAACGGUUGACCUUACAGCGCCUUAUUGCACUGGUUGAGGCUGAGAGAGCUUACCAUCAGAGAGUUCUGGAGAUACUUGAUCAGUUGGAAGAAGAGAUGGUGUCUGAGCGCCAAAAAAUCGAAGCACCUCCUACCCCAGCGGCAGAAAAUUAUAUGCCACCACCACCACCUUCUUAUGAUGAAGUUAAUGGAGUGUUUGCAUCCACUUCUGUUAAUGAGACAAUCCAAUCUGUCGAUUUCUUCCUAGGAGAGGCUCUUGAUUCCUUCAAAGCAGAAAGCGAGUUUGAGCUUACGUUGUCAGCUGGUGACAUUGUAAUUGUCCGAAAGAUCUCAAGCAAUGGGUGGGCAGAAGGCGAGUGCAAGGGCAAAGCUGGAUGGUUCCCUCAUGCCUAUAUUGAAAGGCGAGAACGUGUUUUAGCAAGCAAAGUUCCACAUAUCUUUUAGGAGUCUUGAACUGUCAAUUACGUGGUUUUGAUUUUUAUAUUGUUGGAGGCUGGAACAGUAGCUGACUUCUAUUUAUAUGCCUUAGUUUCUGCGAUGUACUUACCGUGUGUCAUGUGUAUAGGCCAAAAUUUUGAUUUCAGCCUUUUUAGUUUCGACUAGAUUCUGAAUGUAAACAUUUCGGGAGACUGAUCGGACAUUAGUUGUCUUGAUGUUGUUUGAAAUGGUGAAAUAGAUACAUGAUUUUAUAACUUUGUGUU